GGAUGGGAGGAGCUGUCGGGGCCUUGGGCUUGGUCGGCCCCGGCGCCUGGGCCUGCAGAGGAUUUUCCCCGGCGGCCGACCCGGGCUCCGUGGGCCGCUCCCUGGUCCGUUCCGUGUCCUUUGGGGUUCCUCCGUGUCCGGGACGGGCGAUGCCCCGAGCCCAGAGGACCCUCCCUUUCUGGGUGGAUCCCCGCAUGUAGCCCUGAGCCCACUGAGACGCACCUCCCCGGAAGGCGGGUUGGGGGAUGGGAGCGCCUCCAGCCUUCGCUGCCCAUCCCCCGUUCCCCGGGGGGUGACGGCACCGUCUCUGCUGCCAGCCACUGCUGAGGGUGGUGCCAGGCGCUGGGUCUGUGCCAGGCCACCUCACCGUUCCCUUUGUUAUUUUUAUCUCUUCUGAUGGAAUUCACUGCCUGGCACCCGCUGUGGGGCUGUGCCGCCGCGAUGUUCCUCCGUGUCCUGGAGGGAGGCCAGGCAGAGCCGGGGGGGGGCUCGCACUGAGCACACACUGCAGUUUGAGACUUGCUCUGGGCUCCCCCUCACCGUUGCUUCUCCCCACUGGAGCUGACUCUUCCACAAUGUGAGGCAGCCCCUGGGCUGACUGUGGGAGUGCGCAGCGCUCGGUGCUGAAUGGGAUUCGGUGGCCAAGGAAGGGCUCGGUCCUUUUGUCUGGGCACACCUGAAGGACUGCAGACCCCCAUGUUCCAGCCCUGAGCUCCGGUCCCGCUGAGAAGCUGAGAUGUUCCCCCUGCACAGAGCUGCAGCCGGGGCCAGGCCAGGGACAUUUCCUGGCAGCUGCUUGUGCUGGGGGCAGCCAGCAGUGGUGAGAGCUGCGGGGCAGCACUUUACCUCCUGCAGCCUGGGCUGAGGGCCAGCAUGCCAGCAGAGCCUGAGUCCGGCGGCAGCAGCAGCACGUGCCCGCAAUGGUGACCUGGUGACCUCUGCCUGCAGUGAGCAGCCCUGCAGCCAGCGAGGCCCACAGGGGCUGCCUACACUGUGCCCUACUUAGGCUUGAGUGCGCUCCAGAGCCCUUGGCUGCAUGCUGGGGGUUGCAUCACCCUGUGGAUGAAUUCAGGCUGGAGAUGCUAGGUGCACGGUGCUGUGGCUGUGACCUUAGGCUGGAGUCUACUCUGUGAGAGGCUGCAGGGGCUGAUAUGGGGGGUGCUCCAAGUUCGCAAGAAGGGAGCAGAAGUAUGAGGGCUGGAGCACAGCCUGGGAACCAGAGUGCUGGGAGUGAGCAUGGAACCUACAAGGGCUGGGGCACAGAGCACCGAGCCAAGGGAGUUGCGUCGAAGAGGUCGGGAGGGCAGGACGGGGCAGGGGCUGCCAAAGACCUGCUGAGCUGUGCCCCACCGAGGGCGUGGGCACGCAGCUAAAUCCUGCACACUGAUAUGGAAACACUGCUCCGAGCUGUGCCAGCAGCCAGGAGGAACCAGGAGCGGUCCUGGCACCGAGCGAGAAUGGCACAACUGGGGAUCAGCUACUCGUGAGGCUGGGGGCUGUGCUCGGGCAGGACUCACACCUCAUGCCCGCCGUCCUCCUGAGCUCCAGGCCGGUUGCAGGGGCACUGAUGGGAGCCGGCGAUGUGAUCGCACAGCAGCUGGUGGAGCAGCGCGGGCUGCACGGACACCACAGCCAACGCACGCUGAAAAUGACAGCCAUCGGCUUCUGCUUUGUGGGCCCCAUUGUGGGCGGGUGGUACAGAAUCCUGGACCGGCUCAUCCCGGGGGCCACAAAAGCCGUGGCCGUAAAGAAGAUGAUGUUGGACCAGGGUGCCUUUGCACCGUGUUUCCUCGGCUGCUUCCUCGCCAUCACUGGGGUGGUGAACGGGCUGUCGGUGGAGCAGAACUGGGCCAAGAUCCAGCAGGACUACGUAGAUGCGCUGCUCACCAACUACUGUAUUUGGCCGCCGGUGCAGAUCGCCAACUUCUACUUCGUCCCUCUGGUCCACAGGCUGGCCGUCGUGCAGUGUGUUGCCAUUGUCUGGAACUGCUACCUGUCCUGGAAAGCAAACCGGCUUUGAGGGGAGAGCCGUGCUCCAGGUGCCCCCACCCACCACCUCUGGGGGCUCAGCCAGGGAGCAUGUGUGGGGCUGGAGCACCGUGCGGUCCCCCACGGGGAUGCUAUGGCAGUGAUGACCCCGUGGGGCUGUGAGACCGCUCUGUCCGUGCUUCGUGCCCUGCCCAGCACGUGGGGUGUUCCGUCCUUCCCCAGCCUCGCUGCUGGCUCACACCCCACGUGCGACAGUGCACUACAGUACCUCCACCCAGACUCGUGUCGGGCCCUUCAGGAGCACCAAUAAAUGCACCGCUCCGCUGCCCCUG